GGUUUCAUACUCAGAACUUUCUCUGGGACAAAGCUACGUGGCUCCUUCCACAGACAUCUCUAGUACCUGUUACAGAAAGCUGAAACACAUGGGUGGGCCGUGACCCAAGGAACUAUGGCAGACAUUGUUGCCUCAGAAGUGUUUUGUUUUCAAGGCAGCAUGCAGCUGCUGGGAGCCGGGGCAGGCCUUCUGGACCAGACGUCCGGGAUCCCAGGUCGGGCCACCGGCUUCCUGGGUGCCGCCGCCGCCCCCACACCCACACCCACACAGGUCCCCGCGGACGCCGGCCAGCCCCACCCUCGCUGCGAGCUCGCGGGUCACCCCCUUCCUCCCUCGAGAGGACCAGGGCCAAGCGCUCAUCUCGGGCCUCUGGGGACGCUACGCGACAGCCCUCACCUGAGCCGCCGCGACCCAGCAGCUGCCGUCGGGACCCGCCAUGCGCUCCCGGAACCGCAGCAAAAUGGACUCGCGGCGCCAGCGCCCCGUCCCUCGGCGCCUGCGCGCUGCCUCCCGCCCCGCCCCGAGCGAGCGCGGGAACGCGGCCCGCGUCUCCCCUCCCCCUCCCGAGCCCACCCGCACUUGAGUCUUCGCAGGGCACGGCCCUCAGCCCGCCGCGCCACCCGGGAAUCAGGCCCUUCAGUUAAGCCGACGCGCAGGGACAUGGAACAAAAAAAAAAGCCCAACCCUUCACACCACUUCAUCCGCAUCUCGGGAGCUGAAGCCAGAACGCCGCCGCCCCUCCGUCUUCAGCCAGGACACCUGCAAUCCAAUUCCGCUUAA